CUCGGCACCCCGACUAUUUUAGCGCUCCGAGCUAUCGCUGCACGCGGAGAAGGCUCGCUCGAUCCCGGACAGCGUAUGGGUCGGCGUGUUAGAUCCUAGAGCUACUAGCCUCGGUCGGCACGCAAACGGUGGGCAGCAGUGCUAUUUGGCUCCUGCACGCGGCUGCCCGCGGACGAUCGUCCACGCGGGGCUGCCGGAAGAAGCAGUUCCGCCAACACGCACCGGGUAGCAACGCUCGGGCAGCACGAUGGACCUCUCGUCGGAAGCCCUGGCCAGCCCGCCCAUGCCCGCGCCCUUCGCGCCCUUCGUCGAGGAGGCCGUGCCGCCGCGCCAGCACACGGCGUCGCCGACCGUGCUGCGCCAGCAGCAGCCCGCGUCGCCGAACGUGCUGAGGACCUCGAAACAGAAGGGCCCGAGAUUAGUUGCGCGCGUGCUGGGGGCGCGGUACCUCGCGGGCACGCCGGACCCCGUCGCGCGGGUCUGGUGCGGGCGCAUCGACGCGACGCACGGCGCGGAAGACCAGGCGCAAGAGACGACAGCGAGGCGCGCGACGUCGGAACCAACGUGGGACGCGGGCAACGAGUUCUGCUUCGCAUUACGGUUGGACGCGCCCGAGGACCUGGCUGGCGGGUGCUGCGUCGUGUCGCUCCACGAUGACCGCCAGGCGCGAGCCACGGGGGACAAGCACGGCGCGUCACUUGGUGAGGCGGUGGUGCCGCUGCGCGACGUCUUCGCGCGCGGGCGGAGCGACGCCGCGAAGCAGGCCGUCCAUUUAUCAGCGACGUGGUUUCCGUUAAGGGACGCGCCGGGGUCGCGAGGCGCUGCUGGCGAUGUACUGGCGUCCUUCUCCUUCUCGUUCGGCGAAGUCGACGACUUUGAAGAAGCGGUGCGGGCCGUCCUCGGCGUCCAGGCGGACAUGCGGGCGCCUCCUUCACCACCGGCCUGGUCGAAGAACCGCCCCGUCAGUAGCUCACUGAGUCCGAUCCGCGAGGCGUCGCACGACGAGGCCCUCGAGUACCGGGUGGCCUCCGCAAGAGGCCCGCGCGGGCCCCAGUCGGCGCGAAGCCCGCCGCCGUCCACAUCAAGGACGUGGCAGCGCGGCAUGGAGUCCGCGCGGUCGCGCGCGCGGUCCUCGGCCGACUUUUCGGGCGCGUCGGCGCGCGUCGUGGCCAUGUCGCGGCUGCGGAAGGCGGCGAAGAAGGCCGAGGACUCGCUGCUGCAGCACGGGAACGCGUCCAAAGUAAGGGACCGCGUUCGUGGUUAUUUGGCGCGCUUGCGGGACCGCGACGGCCGGCCGGCGGCGUGCGGUCUGCUCUGGGACGAGCUGCAGCGGUGCGUGGCCUGCGAGAAUCCGUCCGACUCCUUGGCGCUCUUCGAGGAGGUCCUGGGCGUGCGCGCGACGAGCCGCGCGGAAGGGCGGGCGUCGGCCGUUUUAUUAGAUGAUUCCGCACCGUUGGCGGCGCGAAAGCAGUGCUUACUGUUGAUAGGCGCGUUGGCGAAGGCGCGACCGGACGCCUGUGCGUCGCGUCUCGCGCAUGCUUUGCGGGCCUGCGCGGACGUCGCGCAAGGUUCGGAAGGUUCCGGCAGCGCCCUGUCGCAAUGUGCGGCGGUGGUCGCGGGCGGCAUCGCCCGCGACGUCUUCCCGCGCGCGGCGGCGUCGCGGCAGAACGUGGGACCAGACGAGGCGAUGACGUUUCCCGUCGAUGUUCUAAUAGCGCCCUUUACGCUGGUGCUGGCGCGGCCGCAAGCGAGGGGGCGGCGCGCGGUUGCCCACUGCCUGGCGGCGGUGCUGCGGGCGGAGCCGGGGCCUAGGAAUGUUUGGUUGGACGCCGACUCGAGAUUGCGCCUCGCGACCCCACAUGGUCUAUUGGAGGACCUCAAGCGGCGGUGCGCCAUGCGCGGCGUGGCGUUACCGGGCGCCGUGACCGCGCUGCCCCAGAACUGCGGCGUCGUCGUCCACUGCGAGGACGACGGCCAGGCGCGGGACCUGAGGGUCAAUCUGCAGCGGCCCGACGUCCUCCCGCCGGGCUGGCGCGUGUCGGACGGCCCCGACGACGUCGCGGUCGCCGAUACGACGACGCAGCGCGCGGCCUUCGCGCUGGCCGUCGCGCCGGGGAGCGCGCCGGUGUGCUCGUGGGUCGUCGAGGCGUGUCGGAGCCACGCCGACGCCCUGGAGCCGUUUUGUGAUGCGGCGGCCGCGCUGCUGCGGUUGCGGGACGACUCUCGGCGGCUGGCGAAGAUGUCGACGUCGCAGUUCGACCCGCGCGUCGUCGCGCACGCGGACGCCGCGUUGGCGGAAGGGCUCAAGGCCGCGGCGCCGGCCCUGGCGCGGCACGCCGCGCGCUGCGUCGAGGGCGCGGGCAACGCGUCGCGCGAGAUCGUCGGCCAGCUCGCGUGGAAGGACCGGGCCGCGGCUCUCGAUCUGGUGGCGGCACUGGCCGCGUCGGACUGCGCGCGGGACGCCGUGGCGCCCCUCCGGAGGCCCCUCGAGGCGGCCUGCGACGUGGCCACGCACCACGCCGUCAAGCUCGUGCGCGACGCCGCGGGACGAGCCUUGGAAGCUCUGAGACAGCUCAAGCUGACGGCUCUUCCCAAGAGGCAGCAGCGGUCGGACCGGGACGUCUGCGCGUCGUUGGCGUCGCGCAUGUCGGUGGCCGGCUUCUACGCGCCGCCGCCGUCGCCGGAGACGCACAUGUCGCCGGUGCACUUCGGGGACGAGCCGUCGCCCUUUGUCGUGGCCGAGGCGCCCGUCGCGGCGCCGCCCAAGGUGCCCGGCCUGGCGCUGCCGGUCAUGGCGCCGCUGCCGGCGCCGGCGCCGACGCCGGCCCUCUUCGCGUCGGACAUUCUCGACGACGAGCCCCCGCCGUGGCGCCGACCGCGGCGGCGGCGGAUGCGCAAGCACCAGCCCUUCUUCAAGCCCUUCGUGGGCGGCGGCGGCGACGACCUCGUCCAGGCGUCGUCGGUCGGCCCGUCGCUCGCGCCGCUGGAGCCGCUGCGCGAGAGCGUCGACGCGCUCGCGAUGCGCUGCGCGAAGGUCGAAGAAGCGUUGCGGGACCGGGCGUCCGUCGUGCGGGCGCCGGCACCGGCGCCCUCGCGCCCGCGCGUCCAGAUCGAGUCGCCGCCCGUCAAAGCCAGAGCGUCCAAGCAGACGAAGAAGGUCUGGGGCGAGGCGUCCGCCCUGAUGCAGCGCGGCGAUUUAGACGGCUCCUUCCGGCGAGCAGCGGCCGACCCGCGCGCCUUCCUCGGGUUGCUGGCCAAGGUGCCCCCGACGGCGCUAGCGAGCGACGUCGAGGCUCUUGUUUUGAAUUUUGCGGCGAGAGCCUUCGCGCGGUCGGACGCGUGGCCGCGGCCGCUGCUCGCGUGGCUCGCGGCGGACCCGAUCAAGACGCAGCGGAGCGUCGGCGGGCGCCACAUGGCGGAUCUGAUGCGGGCGCUGACGAUCGUCGCGUCGGAGCCGACGCCGCGCGGCGUCCAGGCGUCGGGGUUGUUGCGGCGGCUCGGGGGGUAACUGAGAGUCUGACAGAUAGUAUACUGAAAC